GAGCCUGCGGAGAGCGCAUGGUGCUGAAAUGGACAGCUCCCCCUCGAGCGCCCGGGCUGUGAACGGUUCGGAGAAAGCGCAGGGAGAAGAUCUCUCCGGCCACUUCUCCACGACCUGGACCAUCGCCUUGGCGGUGUUGAUGGCUUUGCUGAUCGUGGCCACCGUGGUGGGCAACGCGCUAGUGAUGCUGGCCUUCGUGGUGGACUCCAGCUUGAGGACGCAGAACAAUUAUUUCCUCCUGAACUUGGCCAUCUCCGAUUUCCUAGUAGGUGCCUUUUGUAUUCCCCUGUACGUGCCCUAUGUCCUCACGGGAAGAUGGGCCUUUGGAAAAAGCUUUUGCAAACUCUGGCUGGUGAUGGAUUAUCUGUUGUGUACCACAUCAGUCUUCAAUAUUGUCCUGAUCAGUUAUGAUCGAUUCCUCUCGGUGACCAGAGCGGUCUCAUACCGAGCCCAGCAAGGAGACACCAAGAGAGCUGUAUUCAAGAUGGCGAUGGUCUGGGUUUUAGCUUUCUUGCUGUACGGACCUGCCAUUAUCAGCUGGGAGUACAUAUCCGGCCGGAGCACCAUUCCCGAUGGGGAAUGCUAUGCGGAAUUUUUUUACAACUGGUACUUCCUCAUCACGGCCUCCACCCUUGAGUUCUUCACCCCUUUUCUCAGCGUGAUGUUUUUCAACUUGAGCAUCUACCUGAACAUACAGAAACGGACCAAAAUCCGCCUGGAGGUUCUUCACGACAGCCAGAAUUUUGUGGAGGAGAUCGAAAUGAGCAUGGGGCCCAAGCUUUCCAUGAAAUGCUGUGAGUGGGAGGAAAAAGAUCCAGGGAGCCUGAAACCUCCAAAAUGGGACAUCCCAGAAGAAGAUGCGCGAGGAAGCAUCAACAAAAAACAUCUGCGGGACUCUGACGCGGGAGCAAAAUUCUCUAACAAAAGGAAUUAUAAAGACUGGGCAGCCAACCUUUCUUUAGAGAAAGGAUUGAAGGUCGCUUCCCAGAAUGUGACCCAGCGAUUCAGGCUGACAAGGGACAAGAAAGUAGCGAAAUCACUAGCUGUGAUUGUGGGCAUUUUUGGCCUAUGUUGGGCACCGUACACCCUUCUCAUGAUCAUCCGAGCCGCUUGCCAUGGUCACUGCAUCCCUGUGUAUUGGUAUGAGGCUUCUUUCUGGCUCUUGUGGGUCAAUUCGGCCAUCAACCCCGUCCUUUAUCCGCUCUGUCACUACAGCUUCAGGAGGGCCUUUGUUAAACUCUUGUGCCCAAAGAAAUUGAAGAUCCAGCCCCAUAAUUCUCUCCAGAAAUGCUGGAAGUAACCUCAUUGGGUAAGAAGUAAACACAUCAAGAUUACUUUGAAGAGGUAUUGACAGUAAGAGUUACAAAGGGUGAAGAAGAUACCAAGUUUAUCUAGGUCAUGGCUUUGUAACCUCUGAUAUGUGGAUUGGGCGUGGCCCUCCAGUUCUCUUUUUGUAUCUCUGGAGCCCUCAAAUUGCACUUCUGAAAGUUUGGAGUAGUGGGAAAGAUUGAAUAUCUGUAGGAUGAAAAAAAAAGUGUGCCAUAACUCUGGUAGAUUUAACACUCCCUGUAGAUCUUUAGAACUUGAGCCAAACUUUCUAUCUUGUCCAGGGUCAUCUUUUCUGUUUAGUUCUGCACAGUCAAAAAUGGGUUUCAGAGUAGAUCUGGAUACAUCCCGUUGAGUUUGAGCAAACACGCAUUUAAAUAAACGCUCUUCAAAUCCACAUUGUUAAGAUUUUCAGAUAUAAGGAAGGGAAAGAAAUGUCCAGCGAUGGUCCAACAUAGAGGGAGCCCUUGAUCUAUGACCACAACUGAGUCUGGAAGUUCUGUUCAUAAGUGAAGUGGUCAUUAGGUGGGUCAUCCUGUGACCAUUACUGAU